AUGAAAAACGACAGCAGCUCCACCUGUAGCCGACACUACGUCCAAUACGGACCUGCGACCACGCGGGAUCAGUGGAUAUCGUUGCUCAUCACUCGUCACAUGCAUGAGAUCGGGCAUAGCGGCGUGGCAUCCACGACAGGCAAGGUCAGAAGAAAAUACUGGAUUUUACAAGCGCACAAACUCGCAAAAACUGUGAAGUAUAGAUGUGUAAAGUGCAGAGAGCUCGAGCACAGAGUAGAAGUUCAGUUAAUGUCAGAACUACCAGGGCAUCGAGUCGCACCUUUCACCCCGCCAUUCUACAGCACAGCCUGCGACUAUUUUGGCCCAUUCAGAGUAAGAAUUACCCGUAACACAACAGCAAAGUGCUAUGGGGUAAUUUUCACAUGCCUCAACUCGAGAGCGGUUCACCUCGAACUAGCUACAGACUGCUCGACCAUGGAAUUUCUACAAGUGCUGAGGAGGUUCUUUGCUGUAAGAGGCCGUCCCGCCUACCUGCUGAGUGAUAAUGGCACACAGUUUGUAGGUGCUGAACGGGAACUGCGUGAAAACAUCAGAGGGUGGGAUAAGCAGCAGUUACAGGAGUUUUGUGCAGACAAAGGCACAAGCUGGAGAUUCACCACCCCUGCAGCACCACACCAGAAUGGAUGUGCAGAGGCCCUAGUGAAGAGUUGCAAGAGUGCACUAAAGAAGGCCAUCGGAGAACAGGUUCUUACGUCAUUCGAAUUGCUCACCUGUCUGUUUGAAGUUUAA